AAUUUUAUAUGCUUAUCUCCUUUGUUUUGUCUAAUCAUCUUCUUUGAAUAAUAUCAACCAAAUUCAAAUAGUUUCUCUUCCUAGUCCUCUCCCUACCCUACCUCUUCCAUCACCCUCCCACCCAACCCCCAAACUGUUAUAUACACAUAUAUCUGAGUGUAUAAAUACAACUCUGACUUCAGAAUUUCAUGUAAAACCAAAAACAAGAGUACUCAAAGUCUCAAACUACCAAGAAGAAUAGAAAAGAAAGGAAGCUGUUUGUUUUGAAGUUAAUACUAGCAAUUAUAAAGUGGAUAUGGCUGAUGAAUUUUUUCAAGCUGGGGUCUAUGGAGAAAGCUGGUGGAAUAAUUCAACAAGAAGUAAUUUUAGUUUAUCAUCACCUUGUGCAUCUUCAACUUAUGAUCCAAUUGGACAAUAUUUUGCAUGGCCUAGUGAAUUUUUGGACAUGAACAAUAGGCCCAGUGAUGAUUAUUCUAGUUCUGAUGACUCUAUGGUUCUUCAAGAAUUAGCCAAAAAUGAUCACAACUUGUCAAUGGAUUCCACUCUACAAAUUUUGGGUAUUGGCAAUUCUUCUUCACCAUCAUCAGCAUCACCUGAUUGGAAUCAGCCACUCCAAGAGGACCUUAAUUCAAGCCAGAAUUGUCAGCAAGAAAAUGGGGUGGAUUGUCAUAAGUUGAAGAGGAACUUUUCCAGCAUAACUGAAGAUUCUUCAAGCAACUCCUUUAUUAAACCAAUCAAUCAAGAUUUCACUUACUAUUCAGAUUUGUUGCAAACACUGUUUGAUAAUACUGAUACUCAUCAAUCUUUGUUUGCUAACAACAACCAGCCAAACAAUUAUUCAUUAUCAUCCACAAACCAUAGACAAAAUUUAAAUGAUUUUGCACCUCCUCUAGCAAAACAAACACGUCCCAAUCAGUUAAGUGAAAUCCGUGCAAGUCUUCCAGACAUAACCUCUAAGUCUAAUAUUGAAGAAGUCCGACAGUCAAAAUCAAGCUCACUGACUAAGAAUAGCAUCAGUGAAGAACCAGCAUACAAACGGCAAAGGAUUGAGACACCAUCAUCAUUGCCAACUUUUAAGGUCAGAAAAGAGAAGCUGGGGGACCGGAUAACUGCCCUCCAACAAUUGGUUUCACCUUUUGGGAAGACUGAUACAGCUUCAGUUCUUCAAGAAGCUAUUGAGUACAUCAAUUUUCUUCAUGAUCAAGUCAAUGUUUUAAGCACCCCAUAUAUGAAGAAUGGAUCAGUCACUCAACAUCAACAGGUCAACGAACAAGAAGGACAAAAACAAGGCUUAAGGAGGAGAGGAUUAUGUUUAGUACCAAUAUCAAGUACUUUCCCUGUUGCAGCUGAAACCACAAUUUUUGGACACCAACUUUGGGAGGAGCAUUAAGACAAACUUCGAGGCGGAUUUAUAAUUUGAAGUUUGCGAAUUUUGAAUUGCAUAUAUUAAAUGAAUCUUUCAAGACAAAUAUAAAAUCUAAAUCGAAAUUA